AUGAAAGAACGCAAAGAAAUUCACUUCUUGGUGGACGCAAGUCUUCGGAUGUUCACAAGAGUCACCAAGAAAUCGACAGCGAUGGACAGAGUGUUCGAAUUUCUUCUCUAUCUUGCCAAAUCGGGUGAUCGCCAGCCAGCCUAUUGGAAGAGAGUGCACAUUCACAUUGGUGAUGAUUACUUGCCGAUAGAGGUUGGGAAAGCUGAAGAGACUCUUCGCGAUAACAAGGAGAAGAUGUUCACACUGUCAAGGACCAAGAACGACUUUACAGAUCUCUGGAAAACUGUACUUCAAGGCGACGGAACAGACAAAAAUCACUUUUUCAUUCUGACAUCUUGUGUGGAUGAAGAUACACUUGUUGACUUCAAAAACUACAAGGAUAAGCUUCUGUUUAUGGAUUUCUCCGGACAACAACUCGAUUUAACAGAUGAAUCGCACAAGAGAGUGCAUCUCGUGAGAAAGAACGAAGUGCUGAAGAGUGCCAAACUGAUCCAUAAAAAGUUCCUCAGUGAAUACAUCACAAAAGUCAACUUUGGAUUGGCUAUGAACACUGAAUUCUUGCGUGUUCCAGCUCAAAGGCAUGAAACUUUCGAAAUCGAAGAAUUGGUUCUAUUUGGAACGACCACUUACUCAGUUGUGGAAGCUCUUCCUGUGCUCUCAAAAAGCUACAUUCUGCCAAUCGACAGCUGCUAUGAUAACAAAAAGCAAAAGGUAGAAAGUGCUGUGGCAUAUGACAUCAUGAAAGACUUGCUUGGAGAGGCUGAGAUGAAAGCGUAUGCUGAAAAGAAAGCAAAGGAGAAGGAACUCAAAGAACUUGAAAAGAGCCAGCCAGAAAGUGCCGAGUCGGAAGAACAGAAAGAGGGUGCCCUCAAGACGGAAAAUUCCGAGCCAGUCACCGAAGAGAAAACAGAGGUAGCUGUCAAAGAUGUAAAAGUUGAGCCUCUUGAAGGAGAAUCUGCUAAGACGGAGGAUGCAUCUCAGGCUGAUGUUCCAGAAGCUGAAAUGACAAAAGCAGAAGUGCCAGAAGCAGAAACUCCACAACCAGAAGUUGCAAAAGCAGAAGUGCCACUAGUUGAAGCACUUCCAGAACAAGUCAAAGUCGAAGACGUUGAGCUGGCUGGGGAAGAGGAAGAGAAGCUGAAGAAAGAGUCUGAACAGAAGCCUGAUGAAAAGAAAGAGUCGGAGCCAGAGGAGGAAGAGGAGGUUGUGAUCAAAAAGCAGAGAAAGGCGCCAGCCAGAAGAAAGGUUGAAGACGAUUCCGAUGACGAUGAGGAGUACACUCCAACCAAAAAGAAGAGAGGACCAAAGAAGGGCGCAAAAUCGAGCUCUGCCAAAUCGACUCCAAGCAAAUCGACGUCAUCCAAGUCUACUCCAACCAAAUCGACACCUUCAAAGACUCCUCCUAAGCGUGGUCCAAAGAGGAAGAAGGUUGUGGUUGAAGAAGACGAGGAUCCAUCGGAUCACGAGGAACCAACGCCAAAAAGAUCCACCAGACAGUCUACUCGUAAAGCAAAUGCGGAGGCCGAGGAGGUGCAAGACAAAGAGUCAGAAGACGCUCAGAAGCAGUUUUCACAAGCCCCACAACAAGAGGUAACAGAGCCAGCCAAGACCGAGGACCCAAAUGCAGCGCCGCAGAAAGAGGGUGGUGAAACCGAGGGCAACGGUGAGAAGAAGGAAGUGCCACCGCCGGUUGUGGAUGAUCGUCCGGAGACUGUCUUAUUGGUCGCGUGUGGAAAGGAUCGCAUCACCGGAAUUUGUCGUCCUGUGAUCCUCAGACUUCACUCGGUUCUCAAAAACGACAAGACCUACUACGACGAGGAGACUCUCAAAAAGAAGCUUGAGGAAGCUGCUCAGAAGGCAAUCGAGCUUGCAGCACAGAAGGAGGCGGAAGAAGCAGCUGAAAAAGCAGCUCGAGAAGAGCAAGAAGCACUGGAUAAGAUGUUGCGGGAGGAACAGCAGGUCAACUUGGUCCGUCUUCCAAUUCCAAGACUCGAUAGGAAAAUACCUACUCCCCAAGUGACUCCAGUCCAAACACCAAGAAAGGCGAUUCCUGACACUCCAGCUAGUCCACGAAAGCGACAAUUUUUUGACACGCCGUCAGAUUUUGAUGUACCAGCGUCUCCUGAUGCACCAGCGUCUCCUGAUGCACCAGCGUCUCCUGAUGCACCAGCGUCUCCUGAUGCACCAGCAUCGCCUGAUGGACCAGCUUCUCCUGACAUCACACCAGACAAGGCACAACCCGUCAAGAUCAUUCCAACCGAAACAAUCAUUCCCGAGGAGCCUGAAGAACCGGCAUCACUUGACAGUAGAUCACAAUCAACCAUCAAAGCAAUUCCAUUGGAGCCACUUGCGACAGGUGAAUCUGAGAAAGUUGACGAGACAAUGUCAGAUGAGCCCCAAGAUCAUAUGAAGACUGAUGAGAAGCCUAUCGAUGGGCAGAAUGACUCAGGGUCCAUUGAGGAUGGCGAGAUCCAUUCAGAUUCCGCUGAAGAAUCUAUGGAAAUUGCUGACAAAUCAAAGGAUAGCGCUGACAAGUCGAAGGAUAACUCUGACAAAUCUUUGGAAGUUGUUGACAAGUCUUCAUCGUCUAAUGACGAUUCUCUCGAAAAGAACGCCACUUGCAUUAUUGAGGAUGCAGAUGUUCCCGAAGAGCCAGAAGGACUUAUCGUCACUCAACAAACGGAAGUCAAGCUGAUUCCAGUUGACAACGUUGACAACGAUGACGAAGAUGGUUUGGAUGAUGGUGAGAAGGAAGAUGAGGAAGAGCUCCAUAUUCAAGUCAUUGUGCUUCAAAUGAGUUGGAAAUCAUUCUUCUAUGGACACCUUCUUGAUGAUGAUGAAGACGAGGAAAUUGCAGAGUUUGAGGCGUAUGAGAAAGAGAUUGAUGAGCCAGCUCCAUUGUUGGAUCAUUCAAUGCUUGUCGGAUGGUACACACCUGAAGCAAUGCAGUUCUAUAUCAACAAAAUGUUCCGCGCUAUUCGAAAAUUGCACGAACGUGGAAAGCUCUUCGCUUCCGAGUACUUCAACAUGACACAAAUGGUUGCUUUCUCUCAAAAUCCAGAAAUCGCUCGUGCCUUCUCAUGGAUUCUCCGCGACGACACGGACAUGCUUGAGGAUGAUGAGUUGGAAAUUGUCGAGGGUGCUGCUCAACAGUUUGAUGCCAUGUAUCACAACAUGAAGAGAGAUGAGAUGAGGCGUCGACAACGUAUCAAUAAAAAACCACACCAACGGAACAUUGCUCGACAAAUGGCCCGUGAGCGGCAAUUGCAGGAUGCACGGCAACAAAGCAGCAACCAACAAAGACAUUCUCAAGUCUAUGGACAGUCGCAGAAGCCAGGUCAAGGACAACGCAAGUUCCAAGAUACCGGUCGACGAGGAUUUUCAACACCAUUAUCGUACGAAGAGUGCUAUCGUAAUCUGCAACUUCAAAAAGUCGAGUUUCCACCACAGCCAAAACCUGAAUUACCAGUUAAUCUCUUGGGUAAUUACGGAAAUCCUGUAAGACCACUACCAACUCCGAUUGAACCUCCUCCACUAACCGAGGAACAGCUCAAGAAGAUAAAGGAGUCCCAAGACCAUUAUGAAAGGAUGAAGGAAGCGAGUUGGUCCUCAGUUUCCCGGAGACUUGAGAUGGAAGCUGCUCAGCCAAAUGGGAAGACGCUUGACACUCAGCUGAAAGCGUUCAGAGAUAAAGCUAACGCUAAGGGUUUAGCUCGAUACCAGAAAGCUGAAAAUGCUCGCCAGAAAGAACUGGCCCGGCUUCAGAAGCUACAUCCACGUGGAGAGCAUUCCAGAUACCACCACGGACACUCACGCCACCCAGAUCAGCACCGCUAUCAGGAGCACCCACGUCAUCAUGACCGUUACCAGGAGCAUCCACGCUACCAACGCCAUCCAGAAGAUCCGCGCUACCAGGACCGAGGAGGUCGUUAUCAGGAGAGACCUCGUCUGCCACAGGAUCCAAGAUUCCCGGACCAGCCAAGACACUACGAUGAACACCGUGCACCACGUCAUCAUGAGCAUGGCAGAUAUCCGGAUCAAGGGCGUGAUCAGGAGUUCCCCCGACAGCACCACUCCGGUCCAUACAAAGGAGGACAUCGCUCGUAUAAUCGGGCUCCACACCCAUACCAUAACCAGCGUCAUUGA